UUGUGUUUAGAUUUCAGUGAAACCCAAAAUCGCAUCCUGUUCAUCAGACAAGACAAUGGCCGAGGAAAUUGAUGACAACGGGUUUUACCGAGAAGAUUUUAGUGCUGAAUCCGAUUGGGAAGUUUUCAAUGCCCAAUUGUGUGAUUUAUUUCAAAAAUGGGAGCUCUCCCAAACUGCUGAUUGGGGCGAUGAAUUUGAUGUGGACAAAAGCAAAUGGCAAAUUGAGGAAGAACAGCUGGAGGCGAUGGGUAAACAGAUGACCAUUAAAUACUACAAAGCCUUACUAGAGCAAAACAACUCAAAGCUGCCCAAUGCCAAUGAGAAUCCUACACCAGCGUUCCAUGAAGACUUAAUGUCUAUGGCCAAUACCUUUGGACGUCUUUCUUUCUUGGAUGAAAAACCCCAUGAAGCCCAUUACUUGUCGCGCAUGUAUGGCUUGCGUCGCUUUGUGGUAAUACAUCCCACAAAACUGCAAAGUCACUACCUGACAAGCACCUCUAAAUUUAGCUUCUUUCUAAGCUCCAUCUCCGUGGUGGCUGCUGAAGUGUGUUCGGCUGUACCCAUUUUCUUACGAAUUCAUGAUCCCAAGUGGAAUUUCUUUUUGGGCGUUGGCAUGUCCUCCUACAUGCGAACAAAUUUCAAUUUGGUGGCUUUGGAUCAAGCGCCAUCAGAGUAUUUGUAUCUCUCAGGGCUGGUGAAGAUGUUUAAGGAGAAACUGCCAAGGCAUUACGAUCAACAUACGGCUGUGGUGUCGGUGCGCAAUACCUAUACUUUGGAUACCAUCAAAUUGCGAGUACCCAUGUAUGUUCCCUUUGGCAUGACACCUUUGGUGGAUGAAGAACGUUCUGUCAUAAGUAUCUCACAGUUUGUGGCUCUGCCACAUGGCUAUACCCCUUUGGCAUAUUCCAACAUAUUUCUUGUCUUCUCCUGGCCUGAGCUAGCGGACAAUAUGUUUAUCGAUUCUGCGCUGCAGACACAAUUUGUACCAUCAAAAGCUCCUUGCGGUGAGCUGCAUCAGACGGCAGAUGCCAACUCGUAUUUGACAUCCUGUCUUAAAGACUAUUUUCUGCUGAUCACCGCCAGAAAUACACUUGAAUCAUAUGUGGGAGCCAAUUUCAGCGGGUCUCUAUUGCAGCCGAGUGAAAAUCUGCUGGGCAAACGCAGCAAGCAAUAUGCGGAAACCUCGCAAAACAAAUUGCCGGGCCCCAUAACAGAAUUCGAAUUGAAAUCGAUGUUGUGUUAUCUGUUUCCGGAACUACAUCCCGAAAUGGCUUUGUUUUUCUAUGAGACUUCCAGCGAGGAUAAGAUUGAUCCUCAUCGCAUUAAAUCUGCCGAAAAGGAUUCCCUGAUACACCGCUUAUCCUGUCUUUUGGCUACAGUACAUGCACACUUUGGGGGCAAUACAGGAAUGGCCCAAUUAUAUGCUGCAUUUACGCGAGAAAUAAGGAGUUUAUGGAAUUCUUGUAUACCCAUACCAGGUGUGGCUCCCGGUUUGCCAGAUAUUAAAACUUGUCUUCUUCAUCAAAAGCUGCAAAUGUUGAAUGUCUGCAUUGAGAAGCGUUUGCAGCGCGAGAAGGGCAUACAACAGCAGCCGUUUGAAACGGAAAUGGUGAAGACCAUGCAGGAUGCGGAUAUCAUAUCCGAUGAUGAUGAUGACACCGAGGAAGAGGAAUUCUAUGAUCUAACCGAUGAAGAAGAUGCAAUCGCUGAUAAACAAAUUCCUAGGGUAGCGAGAUCUAAGAGUCCCUUGAAGGCAGAGGGACGUUUGCAACGCUGCAAUAAUAUGCGCCUGCUGCAGUCUCAAGAUUAUUUGUAUGUGCCCAUUACCCAAGACGCGGUGCCCAAGACAGAGGAUUGUCUGCAAGAUGAUUUAAAUGCUGUCAUGCAAAUGGGAUCAGAUUCAGAAUAUAUUACUGACAUGAUGUGUUCCACUGUUGUAUCUGAUGUCGAAGCCUUUAAGGCCGCCAACCCCAAGGCUUGUUUUGAGGAUUUCAUACGUUGGUUUAGCCCCAACGAUUGGGAGGAAUAUAGUGAUGAGUCUAGUGGUGAGAUGAAAUAUAAGCUGAGUGCUCGCAUGCAAGCUCCAGGAAAUACUUGGCAAAAGGUUUGGGAGCAGGCUAAACCGGUACCAGCAUUGAGACAGAAACGUCUAUUCGAUGACACUCUUGAAGGCUAUAAAGUCUUAAGCUAUUUGGAAUCGCGUAAUAUGGGAGAAAUAUUUGGUCUCACGGUGGUUCCACUACUACAUAGUGCCAUACUCAAACUUAAGGAUAUACUACUCAAUUCCGAUGUCCUUGAUAUGUUCAGUCAAACUUUGGAACAACUAUUGGCUGACCUUAGUCGUUUUUCACGUGAUGUUGAACUUGUGGAAGUCAACAAGGAUCCCUCAACUUCUAGCCAAUCCAUGCAUCAUAUGCGUGAAAACAAAUAUGCACUUCAACUGCCAGAUCCUCAUCCGAUUUUGAGAAAAAUCGAACGAUUGGAAAAGGAAUUCUAUCAAUAUAAAUGUUUUGAAAGCUUUCCAGGCAUCAAAGAUCUGCCAUUAGCAAAAAUUCAGGCCAAAUUCCGGGAGAUUUUAACAAAUAAUGGCUGUUGCCGCAUUGAUGGCCCCAGCGAUGAGUUUUCUUUGCAAUCCAUGUUCAAGGAUGAUAUGCGUGAGAAAUUAACCAGCAAGGAAUAUGUGAUGCGUUUGGGUGAAGGUCUUCGAUCGAGAGAAUUUGAAUCGAUUAAAGCAAUGGAGGAAAAGGACAACCAACAGCCAGGCGUAACUUUGAUGCCACAAUUUUUGCGAGCCAUUGUAACGGGACAGAAAUUACGUUUGUGUGGAGCCUUUACCGAGAAUACCACAUUUUUGGAUUAGAUCCACGUUUAAAGAUAUUCUUGUAACAACUUAGACUUAUUGUUUAUAAAUUUUUAAACUUUCCAGGUGAAGGGCGUAUUUUGAAAAUUUCUUACAAAUUAUGGAAGUCUCUCUCUCUAUUUAACCAUUUUUUUUGUAAAUUUUUCUACCUUAAAAAUAAAGUUUUCAAUAUUUCAGUGUAGGAUCACAACUAAGGUCUGUCCAGAACAUCUUAAAGUUGGCUUUAAGAUGUAUUUGAGUGUGCUUAUAAAUUAAGCUGGACUUUAGUUGUGAUUUGACACUUUUCUCUUUAAAA